AUGUUCUCCUUCCGGGAGGCUUUGGCAGAAGACCAAUUUCCGACCGUGUGCCCAAGUGGCGAGAACGAGAUCGAUCCCAGUGAUGGUUGGGACCUGGAUUUCUGCGUGGAGGAAGCGGUGCGGCCUGAGCUCCGACUGUACUGCGGAACACGCCCCGACGUGACGCUGAGCUGUAACGGUGGCCGCAAGCUCCUCGCCCAUCGACGUGUCCUCUCAGAGGUCAGCUACUUCGAAUCGCUCUUUGAAGGCAACUUCGCGGAACGUGGAACUGACCUCGUGCAGGUGGAAGAGGACUUGGAGAUUUUCUUGGAAGUCAUUCGUUGGAUCUAUUGCCGCAGCGCAACCAGUGACAAGGACAUGGCACUGGAUCUCCUACGUUUGGCAGAAUUUUAUGGCAUUGAUGGGCUGAUAGAUCAUGCAGCUCGUGUGCUUGCUUCGCCAGCUUUGGGUGUUGAGGACGCGGUAUCGGAGCCAGACUCGGGGCCUGUCGGCGACGGAGCCCAGGACACAGUGCCACCGAAAACGGGCUUUGCCCCUGCCGGGCCCUUCGCCGAAGACACCCGAGACGGCGAGGGCGGGAAAGUCGUACCAAGUCAUCCAAACAAAAACCAUUCGAAUCAGGCGAAAUAUACAGGCGCGGGCUUCAGAAAAAUCUCGGCUAACUCCCCUCGACAGUUCAGUUUCAUGUAG